AUGAAAAGAACUCAACAAUCAUUAUUGCAUUUUUAUAAAAAAUCUAAACAGUCCACCGAAUGCGUCGAUGAUACAGUUCCAUCUACAUCGAAUGUUUUACAAGAUGAUGACAUUAUGGCAACACUUGAAACAGAAAAAACAGCUCCAAGUCCACCAGUUAUUUCUCCGGUAAUUGAACCUAGUUUAAAAUGUUUAGAUUCUAAGUUUGAUAUAGGAGGUUAUGUUGAAUAUAAGAAUAAUUUAAGUGACGAAGAGAAAGUUUCAAUUUUGCAAAACGUAUGGACACCCGAUUUAAAGUUUAAUUUCCCAUAUGAUAAUAGUGGAAAAUAUAAACGUAAAUUUCAAAUUAAAUGGCUUGAAACUUUCAAAUGGUUAGCAUAUUCAAAAUUAAGAGAGGGUUUAUUUUGUAAAUUCUGUGUACUGUUCUUAAAUUUAAAUCAGGUUGGUAAGGGAUCACAUGAGAAGUUAGGUAAACUUGUUUUAAAACCCUUGACAAAGUUAAAAGACGCAUUGGAAGACUUUAGAAAUCACGAAAAAAAUGAUUACCAUAAAAAUUCGUUACUUACUGCUGACAACAUAAAAGCAAUUUUAGAAAAAAAACAAGAUAAUAUAUUAGUACAAUUAAAUAGUAAACGAAAAGAUGAAGUUAUAAAAAAUCGCGCAAAACUUAAGCCAAUUAUUCAAACAAUUCGGUUAUGUGGUAGACAGCAAAUAGCGUUACGGGGGCACGAGGAUUCUGGUAGAAUUUCUUUAGAAGAACCAAAAAAUAACGAUGGUAAUUUCCGUUGUUUGCUUCGAUAUCGCUCGAAAAAUGGUGACAACGUGUUAAAAGAACAUUUGGAAACUAGUGGUUACGAAACAACUGAUAUUCCUCAAAUUGAACAGUUCUCAUUAUGUAUUCGUUAUGUUGACGAGCAGGUUUUUUCAAUUCGAGAAGAUUUUCUUACAUUCGUUCCGGUAUAUGAUAUAUCUGGUGAAGAACCCGUUGUAGCUGCAUUAGAAGAAGUGCAAAGUGAAUGUUCUGGGACCGAUUCUUCAAAAAGAGCUAAUAGCCUUUUACAUUUUUCCGAUGUAAUUUCUGUGUUUCAAUCCAUAAGAGAAAACGUUGAUUUAAAAUUUAACAAUAUUUAUAAAGAAGCCAAAGAUGUUGCUGAAAAGUUAAAUAUUGAGCCAAAAAUGCCUCGUAUUUGUAGCAGUCAAAGAAAUAGAAGCAAUGUACCAUCUAACAACAUUGAAGAAUAUUACAAAAAAUCUAUUUUUAUACCGUACUUGGACGAUUUGUUGAUGGCAUUAAAUGAAAGAUUUAUACCUCACAAUGAAACUAUAACUUCAUUACAAUAUGUCUUACCAAGUAUUGUAGUUGAAAAACCAUUUUCUUAUUUAAAAAUAGCUGUUGAAUUUUAUGAAAAUGAUUUACCGGGGCUAAAUGACGUUAUAGAAGCAGAGUACGAAAUUUGGCAAGCUAAGUGGAAGAAUAUUGAAGACAACUUAAGGCCCACAACUGCUAUAGAGGCUUUGAGUGUCUGUGAUAAUUUAAUGUAUCCAAAUAUGUAUGAAUUAUUAAAAAUACUAGCUAUAAUACCAGUAUCCACCGCUACAGCUGAGCGUAGCUUUUCGACGUUGAGAAGACUCAAAACGUAUUUAAGAAAUACAACUUCAGAAUCCAGACUAGUGGGACUUGCCCUUUUAGCUAUUCAUAGAGACAUUGACAUACCAGAUGACAUUUUAUUAGAUAAAUUUGCUAACAGUGGCAAAGAAAGAAAUUUAAAUUUGAUUUGA